AUGUCACUAUUCUUUUACAAGAAACCAAAAUACGAAAGCUAUGGAGAAAACGUAGCAUAUCCAGAAAAUGAAGAAGAACUUUACGAAAAAGCUAUAGCGAACGUUUCCCUUCUAUCAUCAGCACUGACCAGGAUAAAAACUGCGGUCUCCAAUCUCCAAGAAAAAAUCGAUAAAAUGGAGAAUCAGUUUGCAAACGCGAAAAAAGCGGAUCAAAAAGAUAUGAUGAUAGAGGUUCAAGAAAUGGAAAAAGAAUCACAGUACUCUCAACAUUUGAGUAACGCGGAAAUUUUCAUUCACACUCUGGAGAGUCAGUUAACUGAAGCAAGAGUGAACUUAGCGAAAGCACAACGAAAACUUAAGCUACCAUCUUCUAGAGAUAUUACUGAAGGGGAUGCAACUCAAAGCACCAAUGGAGUAAACUGGUCCCAUACAACAUCCGAGGAUGAACUUUUAAAAGUACUCGAGAAGGAGAUCUCUUCCAAACUCUUUGUUGAAACACAUUGGGGUUCCAAUAGCGAACAUGCCAAGGAAUCGAAACUCACUAGAGACUUUAAAGUCCAAAACCAAAGGUAUCCUCAAACGUGCGUCUUCUGUGAACGCAAUAACCAUUUUUCGGCUGCAUGCAGAACCGUUUCUGAUGUUCAAAGACGACGCGACAUCGUCAGGGAGAAACACCUAUGUUGGAAAUGUUUUUAUAACAACCAUUCUAGUACUCAAUGUAAAAAACCCAACUGCUCCAAUUGUGGCCAGAAGCACCACGUAACUUUAUGUCUGGCGAACAGACCGUCCUCCAACAUCGCCAGACCCCCACCGCACAAUCAAAGGUGGGCAAAAAAUGAGAACAGCCAGCAAGACAAUACCAGCAGACCGCAACGAUUUGAUAACAGAGUUAACAAUCGUGCAUCUAACGAUGCCAGAAGGGCUCAACAGACCAAUACACAACUCGUGCAAAAUGAGCAGGAGCACGACCGCUCUUCAAUGUUC